AUGAAUAGCAUUCAGGUUGAUAUCAACCACCUAAAAAAGGGUGAGGUUAGUUUGGGUACUUCCAUUAUGGCGGUGACCUUUAAAGAUGGUGUUAUACUCGGUGCAGAUUCAAGGACAACAACCGGGGCUUACAUUUCUAAUCGUGUGACUGACAAAUUAACUCGUGUUCAUGAUAAGAUUUGGUGUUGUAGAUCGGGAUCGGCGGCAGAUACACAGGCUGUUGCAGAUAUUGUACAACAUCAUCUUGAGCUUUAUUCCAUGCAAUAUGGUGAACCUACAACGAAUGUGGCAGCAUCACUUUUCAGUACAAUAUGUUACGAGAACAAGGACGCCUUAAGUGCUGGUAUUAUUGUAGCUGGUUUUGAUGAGAAAAACAAGGGUGAGGUUUACAGCGUAACAAUUGGUGGAUCUGUUCACAAGGCCCCAUAUGCAAUUGCUGGAUCUGGAUCCGCCUUUAUUUAUGGUUAUUGUGACAAGAACUACAAGCCUGAUAUGACUAAAGAAGAUACAAUUGAAUUUAUGAAGCAUUCGCUCUCUCAAGCCAUCAAGUGGGAUGGCUCAUCUGGUGGUGUUAUCAGGCUGGUUGCUCUAACAAAAGACGGCAUUGAGCGCCAUAUUUUCUACCCAGACGAAUAUGAAAACUUGUAA